UACUCCCCUCCACUUCCUCAUCCUCUCCUCCCCCGCGCCUCCUCUCCUCCCCGAGCCGCCGCCGUCGGCGUGCUUCGCCCCCUCGCGCCUCCUCCUCCGCGACCCUGAGCUGCCGCCGUUGCGCGUCUCCCCCUCGACCUACCGAGCGCCGGAGGUGGAGGAGCAGUGAGGGGCGGCACUGGGACGGAUGUGGAGCACGGAUUCAGCGGCGGCGCACUUCUCCAUAAGUCUGCUUCCCACGACCAGCUCCCACCGGAGUCCACCACCGCGCCCCGCCGCCAUACCCCUUCCCCGGCGAGCACAGCUACCGUCCACUCUCAUCCGGUCUCUAGCGCCACCACCCGCUCCAUGCACCAAAACCACCUCGGGAUGGACGGGAGCCAGUCGACCCGCCUCGCCCUCGACCGCUUCACCGCCGAUGACCAACCUUCUUCCCGCGAAGAAGCCAUGGCGGCGAACCAUCCUGCGCCGCUCGGGCCACCCAGAGCGGCCACACCGCCGCCUCUGCUCAUCGCCGCGCCGGAUCUGACCUCCAAGGCACCUAAGCGGCAGCAGGAGGACGCGGGCUCCGCCUCGGCUGCAACCCUCGCCGAACCGGCAGCGGCCACGGCAACGACGACGCUUCCUCCGCUCCUCCUCGACCAGCGCACCGCGGUGGCAGCCACGGGCUCUCUGCCUCCCAUCCAAGACGGCGUCGCGAGGGCGGUGGCCUUAGGCAGCCAGGAGGGGCUGCUGCCGAUGGCGAGGGCGCUUAGGGCGCUGGGGUACAACGAGAUGGCCGUGUCGGCGACGCUCCACCCCAACUUGCCGUCGCUCGCGAGGUGGCACGGACCGAUCACCGUCUUCGCGGCUCCAGACGUCUCCCUCCAGACCUCGUGCCCGUUCUGCUCGCGCCGCCGCGUCCUCCUGGAGCACAUCGCCCUCGGCUACUACCCGUACUCCGAGCUCGCCGCCAGCCCCACCACCAAGAUCCCCUCGGCCUCCCUCAACCUCUGCCUCAACGUCGCCACCGUCAGGGGCACGUUCUCCGUCCACCAUGCCAGGCUCUUCGUGGAAGGCGUCGAGAUUUCCCACCCCGAGGUCUACAACGACGCCCGCUACAUCAUCCAUGGCCUCCGCACCUUCUUGCAGCCGCUCUCGCCGUACUCCUGCUUCGACCGCUCGCACUCGCGCCACUGCCACGAUGACAGCACGCCAACUACCCGGCCAGGCGGCGGCACGCCGACCCGGUCGGACGCCACCUCCGUCACCAUGUCCGCCAUGAGCGUGAGCGUCAAGAUCCGCGAGGCCAUCGCCCGCCUCCGCGAUGGUGCUUAGCGACGUACGGCUUCAUGACGCUUGCCAUGGUGAGUGACACUGGAAGUCGUUUGGUUGUCGUGAUGAUUUCUGAUGGCAUUGCGUGGUUGUUUCGUUACUGAUAACAGUACUGCUUGGAUGAUUGGAAUAUUUCUUGGAAAUUUGAUGGAGCUGAUGGCUUGAUGUUUUGUGCUGAACUAACCCAAUCUCACAUUUUAGCUGUUCAAUUGGUUGCUCUGUUCAUAAUACCCAGUGUGCUGAAUGGCAGUUCUGCUAGAAAUUGGUUCGACUGCAUUUUCCCUUGCUAAAUUUGUGUUUCCUCAUGUGCUGUGCUAAAUCUGUUUGUCAUCAGUAAAUGUAAAAUUGCCCCUUAAUUGUUUCUUGAUUAGUUCCAACUCACUGUAAUCUACUGAACCUUCCCAUGUGUGCCCAAGCACCUGCAGGAUAGUGGUCAUUUUUUUUUCUGUGCUCUGUCAUGAUGGAAAAUACAAUUUACAAUUAAUCCAUGGUUUUCCUUAUUUUUUCAGUGCGAGUCUCUAUGAUGGAUGUUUGUCAUGCUUGGACGUGAAGAGAGAUUGGAGCAAGCACUCCCUCACGUGAUCUGCAUAUAUAUAUUUGGAUGUGUAUAUGGAUUUUUGUUAAUUUUUCUGGCCACAUUCUUCAUAUAUAUUUAGAUUCAUGAAUCGAUUUGGUCAGUCUGCUAUUCAGCGCAUUAAAACUCUUGAUGUUGAUGAUGAUUUGCUGCUGUUUUUGCAGCUUUGGCAUGGAUUUGAGCAAAGAGAAAAGUCACAGGAAGGUGAUUUGGAGGUAGGAGAUGACCAUUACUUGCUCAAAUUCUUGUGUUGGAGCCUUGGAGGAGGGUGAAUUUUUGGCGAUGUAGAUAUCAAGGAGAUUGAUGGUAAAUGGGGCGAUUUUGGCAGGCGAGGGCGUCAUGUACAACCGGAGGAAGGAAGUGUUGGAUGGGGCUUUUUGGCAAUGUCUCAGUUCGUUGUUGGUAAUGAUCAAUAUGAAUGUGACCUUUGAUGAGCCUGACGCCAUCUUUUGGUAUCUAAUACGCUAUUCUUGUGGCAUUUAAUGUUCUUAGCACGGGUUUUCGCUCCAUGUGUACAUUUCAUGAUGGAAUCAAUUUAUACAACAUUAAGAUCUUUUCAGCUGUGACAAGAAGCCAGGAUGUUUGCACUGAUGCUCUAAAGUUAAUCAGCUUCCAAUAGUUGCAGACUGGAAAAAUUCACGUAAUUUACUGAACGGAUUUCCAGCCCCUUUUUAGCGCUUUGCUUCUGAUAGACGUGAGCAUGGGUGAAAGCAAGGGGUUUCCGUUUUAUCGUCACGUCUCUACAGUUGUCACUGCACCAUCGCGAAUCACCAUAUCAAGCGGGAAUGAUAACUGUUGCAGAACAAAAAUUAAAUCAAGCCUUGUAUGCUGAAUUCGAUGCAAAGGUUUGGGGCGAGUAGUAGUUAUCUAUUGUUGCUUAACCAUGGCGCUCUAAUGACCCAUGACAUUAGCAUCAUUAGCACCCUCUGUUAUCUGUUAUGUACUCCUCUUUCUCUCUCACUUUUUGAUUUCCUAAUUGUAUGGUUUGACAAAAAAGCAAAGAGAAAAUCUAGCGGGAUAAUUUGGUGAAGGUGCUUAUUUUCUUCUUCUAUGAACACAAUCAAGUUUGUUCCUGCAUUUUCAUAUCAUGACUGUGCUAAUGCAAACAUGAGUUAUGUGGGAAAAGGUAUAAUAGAACAAAGCUAGAGAAAAACUAUGCUCAGAAAGCUUUUCUUCCUUUGGUUUCUGAAGGUUUGGCUUGGCUGCCAGUAGGUUAACUAGGUUAUGAUAUCUAUAUCUUGGCUGCCAGUAUUUAAAAGAGAUGUCUCUGACACAUGGAUAGAUAGCUCUGUUAUCUGAUUCGUGUCUCUGAAUGUUUUUCCUUUUCUUAGCUUGUCAUUUGGCCAAGUUUUCUAGCAAAAAAUAGUAUCAGGUGCUCAUGUUCCAUGGGCCCUUUGAAUAUUUAUGUCUUAUUUCAGGAGCUUUCAAAUGUGAACGGAUAUAUGAUCGUUCUAUCAAUUAUUUUCAAUCAGUGGUAUAAAAUUCAUAGCAAGUUAGGUCACUGUUUAAGUUAACCCUCUUCAAGCUUCCAGGUUGCAGAGAAAUGUGUGUGCCUUUCCAAACCGGGUGUCUUUAAACAAGCUUUUGUAGAGCCUGUCUCUGGAAAUGCACGAAGCCAAGGCAUGCACACGCCGGAGGGCAGCAGCUGGUGUGUCACUUGAUAGUCAUCUUUGCAAAAAAAAAGGUCCCUAUCAAAGUUCCUUCUUGGUUCUUUCCAUUGAUCUAUACUCAAACCUCUCCACUGAAGAAAUACAAGUGCUCUAUAAUGUGACUUUUUUUCUUUCUUUACUUGUGACUUUUCUCUAACAAUGGUUUGUGUCAAGUGCCUUUGAUGUUCAUUGUUUGUUUGGCAGAGGUUUAGUACCAAGGGAAAUAGCCAUGGAAAGACAAAUCACACGAAUUUAUUUUGUUAAGCAAAUCUAUUUUUUAAUAUUUUAGUAUUAGUGGUAAAAGUUUCAAAAGGAUUGAACAUCAAUCUGAAAUUGACCUCUAUUUAGAGACAUGUGGAUUAUAUACCUUCGAAUUGCCUAUUUUUUCUUUGUUGCUAGAUUUGCUAACAAGCUACCUUUUUUGUUAGCUUGAGUUCAGUCAUUGAGUCAAUAAAACAAUUAUGUGCUCAUGAGGUACUUAGGGUGAUAUAAGUUUCUUGCUUUGUGUCUGAUACACUUCACUGCUAUAUUUCAUGAGCAUAGCCUUUGAUAAAUGACAUGUAGCAGUACCUCUACAGUUCCAUUUCUGCCGAGACAAUAGCUACAGACUGCGUCUCAAAUUUGGCAAAUGGGUAAUAGCAGCUUCAUGUGUUUCUUGUUCUUUCCGCAUUUGCAACCAAAAAUAUUUUCCUCUCUAAACAUUAUCUAAACAGAUUUAUGAAACUCAUUUUGCUACCUCAAGCUUGUUUAAAUACACUUUCCAAAACAUCAAUGCUUCUUAUGUUCUAAUCAUUCUCCUAUGUAUAUGCACUUGAAUAUCAUGAUUAGACUUUCUGUAUGGAGUGCCCCUUUCAGCACGUUGGAGAUAUUUUUCUUUGGCUUCUGAUUGUACUGGCUACAUAGUUAACACAUUUUUUUCCCCUGCAAUUGGAAACCUAAAACGGUAGUCGGUACCAAACUGUUGCAUCAUGACUUAGUUUGAAUUCAAAAAAAUAUCAAUGAAUUAUUGCAUUUAUGGUACGGGCAGAAGGUUUGAUCUGAAUGUGUCAUUGCACAAAAGACAAAACUUCCGCUGUGUCAUUGCAGAAUGGUUCUCUUCCGUAGGGUAUACACUGAAGACUUGCUGGUCUUAUCUUUAUUUGGUUAGGUUUUCAUGGGAAUAGAUUAUACACAAUGGCGCAAUACACUCUGCUUAUGGUGAGCUUGUGCGUACCAUUUUAUUUUGUAGGUUUGUUUGUUUCUUUUUUUUGUUUCCAGCACCACAUAUGGCAUAGAAUUUCUUUAUCAUGGAUUAACCAUGUAUGAUGUUAACAUGGUAUCUUCUCAUUCGGUGCAUUGCAGAUUUGCCUGAGUGGUAGCAAGCUGCAUUGCAGAUUAAAGUUGGCAUGAUUGCUGCUAGGUACAGAAACAUGAGUCAAUCCUCUUCCAAGUUGGUGAUAUCAAGGAUGAAGGUUGUGGAGCUGGUGGUCGAUUAAAUGUCUUACUGUUAUGUACUCUUUGUUAUGUACUCUUCAGUGAAACUUCUCCUAUGAGUGCAGGGUCUAUAUGUAAUCACCCACUUCCGGUGGAUAUUAUCUGUUGAGAGCGACAUCACCUGUAGACAAAUUGAUACUCAACAGUUUGCACGCCUGGGAGCCUCCAUGGUGCAGGUGGACGCGUGGAGCGGCGAAGGUUUGUGAGUCGGGGAAGAACACGGUGGUUAGCUUCAUAUGCCUCACUCGUUUUUCUGCUCUCAGCAGAUGAGUGCCUCUAUCUCCUCUUACCAUUUUUUUCUCAUUGUAUGGCGUAUCUCUAAUUAUAUAAUGGUGAAUAUUUUCAAUAUAUAUAUUGUUGCUAUUAUAUCUCAGAGAUCUGUCAUUGAGCAUCUCCUUCAGAUGAUUUCUUCUCUCAUGAAAGCCUGCAGGACCGAAUCUUGAUUUGUGACUCCAUUAUAUGGAAACUAUGGCGAUCGAGUGUUAGGUAAAUGUUGGGGCGAGCAGUGGAUGGCUAAUGGCGUGGGUGGCCGUAGCUGAUGGGGUGGAUGGCCGCGAUAGAUUACUUGGUCAGUGGAUUAGAUGGGGUUGAGGGAAUGGAGGAAGGUGUAGAGUAAGAUGGGUUGUAUCAUCCGAGAAUAGUGCUAGAAUUUUUUUACGUGCGGCAAACAUUAUUUGUAGUUUCUUGUUCCUGUGGUAUCAUCUAAGGUGUUUAAAAUCUUGAACCAAAUCUUUUCUUUCUUGCUACUCACAAUAAAUAGAAACAUUCUUCUUGAA